UGAUGCACCAUGAAUGUGUUAUCUGAUCACGAUGGAUGAAUAAUUUAUUGGGAAUUUAUUUGAGUCAUCGGUGAUCGGUUUAUUGCGGUGAAGUUUUCGAUUGAACAUGAACAUCAUACCUUGUAUAAGUUGUAGAAAUCGGAAAAGCUGUAACAGUGACUCUGAAGGAGCGUAUCUAAUAUCUAAGGACUGCAAGCCACUGAAGCAGCAUCCACUGACUGGAAUCUGCAGCUGGAAACAGCGGACCAUGUCGUUUUUCUUCCCUGGCGAUCGCUUCCCCGUCUUCGAUGCCGUCGCCAUCCCCGGAAUCCCCCCGGAAAAAUUCGGUCCCCCCUUACGCUUUAAUCCCUACUGCCAGGAUUACGAGCAGUAUGUGUCGGGAAUCGACUGCGUGGGCUAUGAGUUUGUGCCCAAAGGCGAGGAAGUGAACCAGCACCGAAUGGAAGUGCUGUACAAUGUGGUGAACGAUGCCUAUUUCCGUACAGUCUGUCAGAACGAUGCGAAUCUGAAGCGCACAUCGCGGUGGAAGAGCUGCGUAUGGCGCUGCUGUAACGUGGAUCGGAAGGUGGAAGACGACUGGGGGAUGGCCUAUCUGGCACGGAGAGAUCUCGUUCUGCGGGACCCGAAUCGGGAUAAAUCGCAGAAUCUUCUCCAGGGUGUUGUGGAAUGGAAAUUCAAUCUGAAAAAAGCUGGAUUACAAGUGAAAAAUCUGCAAGUCCGCGUACCCCAUAAACUAUACCGUGACGGGGUUGUUGUUGUCACCAUCUGCUCGCGCGAUGAUUACACCGUUCUUCUGGAUGCGCAAAACCUGAAAUCCGUCUCCCGAGCGGUGGGAUGGGAUGAAUUUAUCAUACGGGCGGAAUUAUCGGGUGCACAGGCGUCCGGUGGAUAUCAGAAUGCCUAUCAGAACGCGCAGCUCUUUCGGCAGCCACUGUCCACGGAUCGGAUGUUUGUGAAUGAAGACUGGAAGAAUCCUUUCAAAGUGGUGAUCGAGAUGGAGAAAGCAUCAGAGCAGUAAAUGUGUCUAUGUUCUAGUCGUGUUUGCGUUGUGAUCUCGGUAAGGUUGUCUCAUGGUGAUUUCUGUUUAUCUUUGUAAACAAGUAUUAGUUCAGUCACUGCAGUGUGCUUGUGUCAUAAUGUUUUUUGUCAGAUACAGUAGUUUAGAAAGCGCAGAAUGUUGAUGGAUUAAAAGAUAUCUUUGUUUCAAUUAGUCAGUGAUUUCAGUGUGAAAAUGCAUCGCUGCUGCUGUUUUCUUUGUUCCGAAAAUGCCUGUUUACGAUUCUAAUAUUUUUCAUUUGUCAGUACAAUAGUAGCCUUUCUGUUUAACAGGAUCGUUUUUCGUGAUGUAGGAAAUAACACACUAAACACAGUGUUA